AUGCUUGUUUUUGGCUUCAUUCUUUUAUUGAGUUCAUGUAUUCAGUGUUAUACUGAUGAUGUCACUGUCAUUAUAAAUUGGAAUAAUAUCCUUUAUACAAGUAAAAGUACUCUAACAUAUCAAUUGGUUAUCAAUCCAUUAGUGACACGCGCAUCUCCGGUACAUGACAACAUCUAUCAAUCGUUACAUGAUUUACCAGCAGAUUAUAUCCGAUUUAUUCCAUGGUUUCCCUAUCCUCGUUUAGGUAUUGCUGAACUCGAACAACCAUCUGGAUUAUCACAAUGUAAAAAUGUUGGAGAAAAGUAUAAUCUUAUACUGUCUUGUGCUGUUAGUGGUGGUGUGAUUGACAAAAUUGAAUUUGCUUCGUUUGGUACGCCAAUGGGAACAUGUGGAAAUUACGCCUAUGGAAAAUGUAAUUCAAACACUACAAUCGAUGUUCUCCAGAAAAGCUGUGUUAAUCGUCCAAAUUGUACAAUUCCUGUUAAUACAGAUGUAUUUGGUGAUCCAUGUCCUGAUACGGUCAAACGUUUAAUCGCACAAGUAACAUGCAAUCCACCACAAAAUAAUACGUAUUGGGAUCUAACGAGUAUUGAUCCAUUAAUGGAAGAUUUUUUUGAAGCAACAAAAGAUCAUGUUAGUGUAAUUAAUUUUUCUACUCAACCGCGAUGGUUAUAUAAUUUGACAAAUGUUAAUCCUGUUCAGUAUCCAGACUCUGUCAAUGAGGUUGACUGGGAUUACCUGCAAGGAAGCGAAUUACUUGAUAAAACUGGACAACAAAUUGGAGACUAUUAUGGUCGAUUAGUCGCAUGGUAUACUAAAGGUGGUUUUCUAGAUGAAUAUGGUCGCGAACAUAAAAGUCCUUAUAACUAUAAUAUAUCAAUGUGGGAAGUAUUGAACGAGAUCGAUGGUGAACAUUGGAAUGGCAUUGAACAAUAUACUCUCAUUUAUGAUAGUAUGGUAGAGGGAAUUCAAAAAUAUGCUGAUCAAGAAAAAAAGAUCAAAUUCGUUGGAUUAGCACUAGGAGGACACGGUAGAUAUGAUUACUACAGAUACUUUCUAAAUUCAUCAAAUCAUCGUCCUGGUAUUCCAUUAGAUUGGAUUAGUUAUCAUUUUUAUGCCGGUUCAAGUAGUCGAACCGAUCCGGCGACGUAUGAACAAUUUUUUCCACAAACGGACAAUUUUGUUGAAGAAGUAAAAGAAAUUGAGAAAAUUCGUCUCUCUCUCUCGCCGUCAACUCGUACAUACAUCGAUGAAAUUGGCAUCAUAUUGCCGAAUGAUAAUGAUCCAGAUGCACCUCCAUUCCCGAAAAUUUAUUGGAAUGCAGCUGCUGCUGCAUUUGCUUAUAGUUAUUGUAAAUUGGCUCCACUUGGCAUUGAUCUUCUUGGCUCAUCACAAUUUGUUGGUUAUCCAAAAUUAGAUAUUAUGGGUGGACUUUCACCUCAAUAUCCAUCUGUUGCUAUAUUGGAUUGGAACACUGGCUUGGGUACUGCUCGUUAUUGGGUAUUAGCGUUGUUGCUUAAUCAUUUUCAAGUCGGUGAUCAAGCUGUUGAAACCUCAGUGGAACCAUCCUCACCUAUUUAUGCUCAAGCAUUUAUCAAUACAAAACAGAAAAUGUUAAAAUUAUUACUAAUAAACACAAAAUAUACUUCCGCUAAUGUAACCAUUAACAAGGCCAAAGGUUGUACAGCAUGGAUUUUGGAUAAAUCGAGUAAUAGUGCACCUGCGAAACAAAUGAAACUAUUAAGUGAUACAAUACUAAUGACUGAAUAUGCUGUGGUUGUCAUUGACCAGAUGAUAACAACGGAUCAAACGAAAAAUUAA